AUGGAUAGUGGUAGAGAAUGUGGUACUGGAUUAGCUUCGAGGUCAGGUUUACCUUAUAUUCCAGAAUCGGUGGUGGUUGAAUUGCUUAUCCGUUUGCCAAUGAAGUGUGUCUUUAGAUGCAAGUGCGUCUGCAAACAAUGGCGCUCCCUGAUUGACGCUCCUUCCUUUGGACAUGCUUUUGUUUCAAGAAUUGCAUCACCAUUUACGGCUGCACAACCAAAACUCUGGACUCUUCUUUAUAAAUGUAUACAUGGGGAAGAAAUUCGUCAUGAGCACGGGUUUUUCAGGAAUUUAUUUUCAAAUGAUGUCGGUGUAGCCUGUCUUACCAAGUCUGAUCUUCCUCCUUCCGCACAGACUCAUGGAACUGAUGUAUACGGAAUACUUGAUCACAUUAUUGCCAUGGACGGUAACGGGCUAUUGUUAUGUGGCUCAAAUUCCGGGUGGGAUUUUGGUCGGUAUUAUAUUCUGAAUCCCAUCACUAAGCAGUAUGUUGAAAUUCCACCAUCAAAGCGUCCCUUUGCUCAUUGCUGUGUAGGGUUCAUCAGCCAGGUGAAACACAGUGUUGUCACUAGUUACAAAGUAAUACGACUUGAAGAUGGUGGGGGAAGAACCAGCAUCCUCAAGCUUGAUAUAUUCUCUUCUGAAACUGGUGAAUGGAGGGAUAUUGAAAUUCCUUUUCAGCAAGUACUUCAACUUUUCCCUCUCUGGAAGAUGCCUGUUGUUUUAAAAGAAAUAUUGCAUUUUAUGGAUAGGAAACUUGGAAUUUUAGCUUAUGAUCCUUAUAAAGGUCCUCAUUCUUAUCGGAUUAUACAACUUCCGGGGGACAUAGACAGAGAAUGGAGCAAAAGCGUUGAUACAAAAGGCUCUAAUGCUUAUAAUGAUGGAUAUAGGGUAAGUAUGUGGACGCUCAGUGACUAUGAGGAAGGGCUUUGGUUAUUGGAGCACCGUGUCAACCUAAGGGAAGCUGCAUGUGAUAGUUCUUAUCUUCGUUCAUCACGUUUGGUGCCAAUAGCUUUUCACCCAUUUGAUUCUGAUACUGUGUAUCUUGGAGCUGGAUGA